CCGCCCUGUGACUAACUCCCGUGUGUGAGUCACGGCGCGGCCCGUCAGCGCCGUUAAAUGCCGUGUGCGGGCGGGCGGCGCUGCCUGGGCUGCCCCGGCCCCCUGCGCGCGGGCGGCCGCUUCCCCCGCCUCCUCUCUCGGUACAUGGCUGGCGGGCCGUACUUGUCACGGUGUCACAUCCUCCCCGCCGGCUGCGGCCCCAACUUCCCCCCCAGCUCGGCUGCCACCGCCGCCCGGGGCCACCGCAGCGGCAUGGGAUAGAGCACAGCCGCCUCAGCGCUUGGCCGCCGCCUCCGUCGCGCAGCCCGGCGCCUCUCCGCACGCUCAUUUUAAAUUAAUUUUUCCCCUCCGGUUUAAAGCUGUCACCUGUGUGCAGUGCCCCCUCUACCGCCCCUUCACUGCGCCCCCUCUUUCCGCCGGCCCCCCCCACCCCCUGGUUUGGCCGACCCCCGCUCCCCUCAGCGCCUCUCUCGACGGUCCUCAACGGCCCUCGCCGCGGAUCCCCCCGGAGCGGUAAGACUUGGGAUACUUCAGGAUAAUCUCUGCUUCAAGGACUUCAUGAAUCUGAGAGAGGCCAGAGGAAAGUAAAUAGGUGGGCAUUUACAGAUCGCGCCUGCUGCCGAGCACUUCCCCCUUCCCCCAAGUCGUCUUCGUGCGCUCCAACAUCUCCGCUUGGCCUCAUUUUUGUGCUCCGGUGGUACCUGCACAGCCCAAAUUAGCAGCGAGGAUCCCACGGAGGGGGGCCGCCGCCUCCCUCGGCUCCCAGAUAUAUGUUGGGGAAAGGAGGAAAGCGGAAGUUUGACGAGCAUGAAGAUGGGUUGGAAGGCAAAGUGGUGUCUCCUACUGACGGUCCCUCUAAGGUGUCUUACACCUUACAGCGUCAGACUAUCUUCAACAUUUCCCUUAUGAAACUUUAUAACCACAGGCCAUUAACUGAGCCAAGCUUGCAAAAGACAGUUUUAAUUAACAACAUGUUGAGGCGAAUCCAGGAAGAACUCAAACAAGAAGGCAGCUUGAGGCCCGUGUUUGUGACCGCUUCGCAGCCCACUGACCCUCUCAGUGACAACUUCCGCGAGGCCCAGCCAGCGUUCAGCCAUCUCGCCUCCCAGCCCCUUCUCCCCACUGACUUUGUAAGCACUACGCCCCUGGAGUCUUGCCUCACCCCAGCCUCUUUGCUUGAGGACGACACUUUUUGCACUUCCCCGACUGUCCAGCACGAUGGUCCGACAAAACCACCACCUCCUGUUCUCCAACCAGUAAAGGACAGCUUCUCUUCAGCCUUGGACGAAAUUGAGGAGCUUUGUCCAGCACCUACCUCCGUAGAGGCAGUAGCAGCCGAAACAACAGCCGAUGACUCUAAAGAUCACCCCAGCGAGUCCAAUGUUCAAAAGCCUGAGGGCAUCCCGGAGAGCAGAACAGCUGAAUCGAAACUCAUGGACUCGCUACCUGGCAACUUUGAGAUAACAACUUCCACAGGUUUCCUCACAGACUUGACCCUGGAUGAUAUUCUGUUCGCUGACAUUGAUACAUCCAUGUAUGAUUUUGACCCCUGCACGUCUGCCACAGGGGCUGCCUCAAAAAUGGCUCCUGUCUCAGCAGAUGAGCUCCUAAAAACUCUCGCUCCAUACAGCAGUCAACCAGUAACUCCAAAUCAGCCUUUCAAAAUGGACCUCACAGAACUGGAUCACAUCAUGGAGGUGCUUGUUGGGUCUUAAAAUAUAGAAAUAUAGCAAUUAUUUUUUUUUUAUUUUAAGUACCAGUAUAUACACUUGGUAGUAUUUCCAUAGUCCCUCCCACCCCCAAUUCACAGCACUGUGCAUGCAUCCUUGCUUGCCUUUUUGAAAAGAAAAGGAUCACACUAGUUUUUGCUUCAAGCAGAGUUGGAGUGCCUUCAUCCAUGUAUGACCACUUCUAAUGUAUUUUUUUUAAAGUGGUUCCUCAAGGAAGACCGAAUAUCCUGGUAUAGGAAAGAAUAUGUAUUGUAGACAAUGUUAUGUUAUUACAAAAAAAGAAAAAAAAAUUGUAAAAGCUAAGCACAAGGAUUAUGUUGGGGAAAGCUGUAAAUUGCAUGUGCAUAUUUGUCUAUUUUUUCUAUAAGUUUUAUUGCAAGAGGUAAAAAAUUUUAUUAUUUAGAUAAUCUCAAUACCAUUUUAGCCCUGUAUAGGUUGACUUAGCAAUUCAGCCUUUUGGAGGCAUUAACCUGCUCCUCUUUAAGUGUUGCAUUUACAUGGCUGUUUAGAAACUGCUGCCCAAAUUUAUUUUAUAUUUUUGUACAGAUUCUGCAGUUUAUGAUAUUGUUUUUUCUAAAAACAAAUGCUGUUUAUACACACAAAAAAAAUUUAGCUAUUUUGAUAGGAUUUGCUCACAUAGUUCCUGCAUAAUUCAGAUGUACAAGAACCACUUGUACUUUUAUACAGAGUUGUAAUGUUUUAUAUGUGUAUGGUGCAAAGAGAAAAUUGGAUCAAAUAAGCCUGCAGUCGGUUUCCCUGAAUGCAAACAAAAAAGUGCUUUAAGAAAGGGCUGGGAGCUGCUUCUGUAGGAGUUUCACAAGUGUUUGCUCCCUGCUGUACCCACUGCGCACUACUGUGAUUCCUGAAACUUAGAGCCAUGUCCUUUUUCAACACGUAUGUGAAGCAGUUGGCAGGAAACAGUUGUGGAACUUCACCUGAAGAGGUCCUGAGUGCCACCGCGGCUGCAGCCUCCCCACCCCAGCGCUGGGCCGGUGCCCCCAAGCCUGCCUGCGUCCUCUUGCCGGGGCAUCCAUCCCGUGUGAUGUGGAGCGCCUUAACACGGUGGCAGAUCAGCACUUCCUCACCCGAAGCUCCUGGGAAUGGUUUUGAGGGGGAAUGUGCCCGUUGCCCACCUCUCGUGGCAAUCUUCCUGACCAACGGGCGUAUGUGCAGAGCGGGCAGAAGACUGGCGUUGACAGCGUCCACUCGCCCUUUCUUGGAGUAUUUCUCCUUCCCUCUCCCCACCUCACUGUGCUAAGUGCUGAAAAAGGAAACUUCAGUAUUACUGCAGUGAAGCUCAUCUCUUACCUGCACUGGAUGGACUUGCUUUAAUAUCCAUUGCUGUUGAAACUGGAGCCAGUUGUGUUACAUCACUUGGCAUCUCAUAUAGGGUUGGUUUCUUGUAUCAACUGCGUUACCUGCUUUACACUUUAUAGACCUGUUUUACAACAAAUACACAGACACAGCUUUCUAUGCAUGGUCCCGUUCCCCGUAACACCUGAGAAGUCUUCUCAUUACUGCACCAAUAGCAUUUUUUAAGUUCAUGGUGUACAUUUAAUUUAAAAAAAAAAAAGUUUGCAAUGUAUCAUGCCUAUUGCUGAAGUUGCUAUGGCAUUUUAGUUUUUCAAUGGUACUUUAGCUGUUGAGCGCCGGUUACAACCUAUAUUUUUGACAUGCCUAUGGCUUCUUUAGGAAUAACUUUUAUAUUUAUUUAAGAAAUUUUAAAUUAUGUUUUACGUCAUUUGGCAAUAUUCAGUCAAUUCUGCUCCCUUCUUGUCAUGGAUGAAAUUGGGUCUUGUCUGCCCUUUAAGGAGGCAGCUUUUUAUAAAUUGGCACUUUAAAACAGGCCACAUAUAUUUAUUAGUAUAUAGGUAGAUAGAUAUAACAUAGAUAUGCACGCAGACACAGUGUAAAAGCAAAUACGUUUUGCAGUGAAGGAACUUGAAAUGAAAUCUGUCAUGUACAAUUACAAAGCACGCUUUUGGCUCUGAAUACAUCUGCCAGGGUGAGAUGUGGGGCUGGGGGAGGAGGGGGGAAUGGGCUGAGGGGGUGAGUUUGCUUUCUUUAUUCCAAGCCAAACUCAGUGAAGCAGCAGGAUGCUGAUGGAUUUGCAGUCGUUUCCUUACAUGGACUAAAAAAAAAAAAAAGUUAUUGCUUCAAACAAAACCAUUGACCAAGCGUAACUUUAGGGACCAUCAGAAGUGAAGGGCUGGGGCAGGAGCAGGGCACUGCUUUGUCUCGCUCCUGGCAGUGACCAGACCACUCUCGGCCACCCUUUUCGGCCCUUGGAGGAAAAGAGCCCUGAUGGAUCCUGCACCUCUUGUAACUGGAGUAACUGGGAAGACUUUAGCCACACAAGGGUUGUGUGUCUGUCUGCACAAACCUGUAGGCACGUGGUAACAGCAGCAGUUUCACAUGGUGACUUGGUAAGCAUGCUUUGCUUUACAGGAGGGGCUGCCUUCUUUUUUUCUUCUUUUUUUUUUUUUUUUUUUUUGGGGGGUGGGGUGGGGUGUGUGUGGGAACAGGGAAUUACUUAUGCAUUUAAACAACUACCGUAUUGCUAGGCAAAAAUUCACAUCAGUGCCAUUUUCAGAGAGCUGUGCUGUUGUUCAAGAGGGGUUAGUUGAAGUUUUUGUAUCCACAGAACGGGAGAGGAGCUCUAAAUCUGUUUUACCACUCAGAAGGUGGUGUCUGUGUAUCAUUGGUGCUGAAGCGCACAUCCUAUAGCAGAGUCCUUACAGGAAUCCCAUAGGACAUAAACAUACCUGGCUUAUGGGACUAGGCAAAAGGUUAGCAAGGCUGGUGCUGGUCUGUAAGCGUGGCAGGCUACAGAGGGAAGGGCUCAGCUGUGGCUUCCUGCCCACAUGGUCACUUACUGCCUCUAGCGUGGCCUUUGCUGCCAUCCUAACAGCAGCCAUGCAUGAAACGUCUCCAAGACCUACACCAGGGAUGGAGAGUGACAUUAAUGUGCAAUGAAGUGACAAGAUGGGAGCAGAAUAAAGGAGCUUUGGAUUUGAAGUGAUUUUUUUUUUCAUAAAUUAUUUAUUCUUUUUUUCCUUUUGUAAAUAUAUUUAUUUUAUUGUGAAGCUAACAACAUCUGGAUUGUAACAUGUACAGAAUGUAUGGUAGGAAUGUAUUCUCUUGUAGGAAUGUAAAUCUGUAUGAAAAAGGGUAUGGGAGCCAGAUUCAGAGAAAAUUGAGUUCCAGUCAGGAUAUGCAUGGUUCACAUAACUUACACACACACACACUUUCUUUUUCCAAUAUGGGUCUGGUUGUUUGAAAUAUGCAAAAAAAGGUAUGGGUGAAGAACAAGUUUUAUGUUCAAAAUUAGUCCUAGUCAGGCUCCUACCCCAUCAGCUUCUCCUGCUGGCCCUCCACGGCACUCUGCUGGAAUCUGCAACAGAAACCAGGAGCAGAUGCAAUCACCUCUAUUGUGCUAGCCUGGCAAGUGUUUGAAAAAGGUGUGGUUUUUUUUUUUUUAAAACACACACGGGAAGCCCACCUGAAGUCCCUGGGGCUGGACAGGUGAAGAAGGUUGCAGGAUGGAUGUUACCUCCAGCCCCAGAAGAUGCAGCAACAGAGCUGGCACCACCUCAUUGCCAGAAGGUAAAGCCAGACAAGAAGUGAUGACCGCACUUCACAGAUGCAGCGGAGGGGUUUGCUUGCUUGAGUUCAAAUGACCGGUGUUGCUCUGUGCAUCCCCCCAGCUACUCCUUGGACACCACGGGUCCCCUCCAGAGCCUGACGGGACUGCAGAGCCCUGUCAGCAAAUGAAGGGGAGCUUCCCUCUUGGAGCAGAGUCAUACAUAAAUGCAUCCAUCUGGCAUCUUCCUUGCAGCCAGCUAGAAAAGCAAGACAGUAAAGCCACUGUCUGAAGCAAUCACUGUAAGAAUAAAUUUGGACCUUGUGAAAGGUAAUUUGGUUUUCCCUCAAUGCUGUGUGGUAAUAGCCUGGGUUGUUUAAAACCAAUGUUUUGAAUCCAAAGUUUACACUUUAGUCACCAUUAAAUUGAGUAAAUCGUAAUGGGUCCUGUCUGACAAACGGUUUAAUUCACUCCGGCAUCUUGUGAACUUUUUGUUCGUGUUAGAGUUUGUUUUGGUUUUGUUUUGGGUUGUUCCCCAGUCCCCCCACCAGGUUUCAGUAUCCUGCUUCUGUGCAAGUUGCUUUCAGUGCUUCUAUUAAUUAAUAAGACUGAACAUUUUAAAAUAAAUUAGUUCUCUUCUAAGCACUUUUUCUUUUUCUGAAAAUAAGCCUAAUGCAAGUUCUGGAACAUCUUUAAAAACAUAAAUUGCAGAUAAAAUCCCAACCUUGACUCCUAUGUAGUUCUGAGCAUAAUCCAUGCUAGUGCCUGCAAAGGCCAAGAUUCUGGAAAAGGUGUAAAUAGUGUGACAUGUUCAGUGCAUGGUUGUUUGAACAGGGCUUGUUAUUGUCAAAAAAAAAAAAAAAAAAGGCUGUAUUUCCCUUUCCCUUCCCACAGACCUUAGAGCUGUGCCUUUUCUAUGCAAUAUUACAGACAUAUACAUCUGAAACCAGAUUACUGUAUUCACAUGUAGGUAUGGGCUGUAAUCAAAAAAAACAAUUGGACAAAUGUACAUGGAAAUGAGCAGUCUUACUUUUGUAGUUUUAUAUUAUACAAUAAACAAUUAAAAUAAA